AUGAUAUUGCUCUUUUUUAGAAAAAAUGACUUUUAAAUCCUGUUUCAUAUAAUUUAAAUAAAAUUAAAUUCGAUUAAAGACCAAUAAUACUAAGCUAAAAUAAAAAAAAGCAUUCUGCAUAUGUAUAUAUAGACUAAAUUUAUUUCUUUUAAUUAAUUUUAUUUAGUAUUUUAAUUAUGUGUUUAUUUUUAUUUUAUUUUUGUUUAUUUUAUUAGUUUUUUAUCUGGUUUUAGUUUAUUUGUUUGCUUAUGUGUAUUUUUUUAUGUGUUUGUUUGUUUGUGUAUUAGUUUUUGCUUUAUUUUAUUUUUUAAUUAGUUUUUUAAUUUUUUUAUCUUAUUUGUUUAUUUUAUUUUAAUUUAAUUUAUUUAUUUCUUUUUAAUGAAAAUUCUUAGUCUUCUUUUUGUUGAUUUCUCUUCUUAAUGGCCUAAAUUAAAAAAAUAUUUUAUAUAAAAAAGAUGGAACGGGUUUUUGACUGCGGCUCUAACGAGGUGGAGAGUGGAGUAACUGGAUUCUGUCUUUAGGUUUUUGGUUUUUUCUCUGCGAAUUAUAUUUAUGCCAUUCUUCUCCAACCAACAGGAAGCCUGUUGGACCGGGUGGAGCGAUUUAAAAACUUUUCCGUGCCUUUAAAAAACUAGAAAAAACCAAUCCCAACUGCAGGUAUUUCCAGCACUGACUCACUACCUCGGAUAUUACCAGAGACUACUCACACUAGCGUUCCUUUCAUAAUAAUUUCGUGAAUUAAAAAUACAUAAAAUAUAUUUUUUUAUUAAAAAAAAAAAUGAAAAUCAGGCUUGUCUGUUUUUGUUUUCUUUGAGGCUUUAGUAGACUGGUCGGUACGUUGUAACUAGUAACUUAUCUGUCGCUUCGCCCUAACCUUCACGCCCUAGGAUAUCUUUAGUCGAUUUCUUUAGAUUUAUAGGAUUGUAUAUCGAUCAAGGGUGA